GCCAUGGACAACGGGUCGUGCUGCCUCCUCCGGGAGGACUCCAUGGCGCAGGUGAUGCCGCCGCUGCUGAUCCUGUUCUUCGUGCUGGGCGCCCUGGGCAACGGCAUGGCCCUGUGCGGCUUCUGCUUCUACAUGAAGACCUGGAAGCCCAGCACCAUCUACCUGUUCAACCUGGCCGUGGCCGACUUCCUCCUGAUGGUCUGCCUGCCCUUUCGGACCGACUACUACCGCCGAGACCGGCACUGGGCCUUCGGGGACGCGCCCUGCCGGCUGGUGCUCUUCAUGCUGGCCAUGAACCGCGCCGGGAGCAUCGUCUUCCUCACCGUGGUGGCCGUGGACCGCUACUUCAAGGUGGUGCACCCGCACCACGUGGCCAACGCCAUCUCCAACCGCACGGCGGCCGGCCUGGCCUGCGCGCUCUGGGCCCUGGUCAUCCUGGGGACGCUGCACCUGCUGACGGAGGACCACCUGUGCGCGCAGGGCGGGACCGCGUCCUGCGAGAGCUUCAUCAUGGAGUCGGCCAACGGCUGGCACGACAUCAUGUUCCAGCUGGAGUUCUUCCUGCCCCUGGGCGUCAUCCUGUUCUGCUCCUUCAGGGUCGUCUGGAGCCUGCGGCGGCGGCCGCAGCUGGCCAGGCAGGCGCGGAUGCGGAAGGCCACCCGGUUCAUCGCCGUGGUGGCCGCCGUGUUCAUCACCUGCUACCUGCCCAGCGUGUCGGCCAGGCUCUACUUCCUCUGCACCGUGCCCGCCAGCGCCUGCGACUCCUCCGUCCACCUGGCCCUGCACGUGACCCUCAGCCUCACCUACAUGAACAGCAUGCUGGACCCCCUGGUGUAUUACUUCUCGAGCCCCUCGUUCCCCAAGUUCUACUCCAAGCUCAAGGUGCGCAGCCUCAGGCCCAAGCGUGCGGGGCGCCCGGGGACGCCGAGGCGGGAGGAGAUGCCCAUUUCAAAUCUCUGUCGCAAGAGCUGCACCGGCGGCGUGGCCAACAACGUGCAGAGCCAGCCCUGCGUGCCCUGAGCCGGCACUCGGACAGACGGACAGACGGACGAACAAAAAAGGACGAAUUCCUGCUAAGGGGUAGGGGGCUUUGGAAGGGCCGUAUCCCCCUCGCUCUGCUGGAAACGCA